CCUUGUGCUUGGUGGUUCUCUCCUCGUCUCGGAAGCGAUUUUCUGCUGGUUUCCUUUUUCAAAACUGUCUUCGCAGUUACCCUACUUGUUAACUGCAUCAAGGACAGUCAGGCUUCAGCCGCUGAGAGUUCCUGUCAGAUCAGAUGUUGAACCCCCGGGGCAGAAGUCACCCCCGUGUUGGCACUCUCCGGUCUACCUCAGCGAUUUCUACUUUCAGCGGGUGCACGGUUGGGGUCAAGUUCUUACUUAGCACCACAGUGUUGUUUUUAUCGGAGACUGUUACUCAGCGGACUAAAGAAGAACGGGAUUAACCUUACCAUAUGCUUCUUGAUCGUCCUAGAGUUCCUUUACCGGGACGUAGAGAACACAAGCAUUAUAAAAAUUGGCUAGAGAUUUACUCCACCCGUCCUUGGAAGAGGAAAAGAAAAAACAUAAGAAGAAACGUCUAGUUCAAAGCCCAAAUUCCUAUUUUAUGGAUGUAAAAUGCCCAGGUUGCUACAAGAUUACCACGGUUUUCAGCCAUGCUCAGACGGUGGUUCUUUGUGUAGGCUGUUCAACAGUGUUGUGCCAGCCAACGGGAGGAAAGGCCAGACUCACAGAAGGGUGUUCAUUUAGAAGAAAGCAACACUAAUGAUCACACAACCUCUUGAAUUUGUGUUCUAUCGCAGAAAGCCUUAUCAGUUCAAUAAUUCCGGUUAAUCUACCAAGAUAAUGUAAUUAUGUUUAAUUUUGUAAGGUAUACAACAGUCAUCUCCUAUUUUGGUGUCAGUUUUUCAAUAAAGUUUUGAUUAUGGGCAAA